AUUUAUCUCAGACUAAAGCCUCCACAGAUCAAGGAUGUUGAUUCUUCUGGCUUUCAUUAUUGUGUUCCAUAUAACCUCAGCAGCACUGCUGUUCAUCUCAACUAUUGACAAUGCCUGGUGGGUAGGAGAUAAUUUCUUUACAGAUGUCUGGAGGAUGUGUUCCAGGAAUACUAGCACCUGUAUGGCUAUUACCGAUCAGUUCGGAGAAUAUCAAUCGAUUCAGGCAGUUCAGGCCGCCAUGAUCCUAUCUACUAUUUUCUGUUGUGUGGCAUUUCUGGUUUUCAUUCUCCAACUCUUCCGUCUGAAGCAAGGAGAAAGAUUUGUGUUAACCUCUAUUAUCCAGCUCCUGUCAUGUCUGUGUGUGAUGAUUGCAGCUUCCAUUUACACAGACAGGCACGAAGAGCUACACAAGAGCAGUGAAUACAGGAUUGAUGUUACUGAAGGCCAGUACGGCUACUCCUUCGUCUUAGCCUGGAUUGCGUUUGCCUUUACUCUCAUCAGCGGCGUUAUGUACCUAGUAUUAAGGAAACGUAAAUAAAUGUCGGCAGCUAGUUAUUUCUGUCACUACAGUACAAAACCAAAUUCCAGUAACCAUUUUGUAUAUAAUCAUUUACAUGGUUUUGUAGUAAAGGUAUUGUUUCUCUAAAAA